AUGUCUGCCGGUCGUGCAAGCUCCCAACAUCGCGACCGGCCUCGGUCAUCCUCACGCCGGCGCCACUAUGAGGACGAGGACUACGUGCAGCCGAGAGAUGAGCGCACGUCACGCUCGCCGCUUCAUCACCGCCAUUCGUCGCCGCACCGGAAACCGUACCGAACCAGCAGCGCGUCGACGCAGCGCAAAGGACUCAGUCACAUCUCGCGAGAGCUGCAUCAGUACCUCAAGGAUGACUACGCGCCAGAGGACGGAGUACCGCCUCUGCGUCGGCAGAGCACACAGCCGCCGCGACACCGUAGUUCGCCAACAUAUCACUACAACGGGGACAACGGUGGAGAAAGGGUCUACCAUCGGCGAGCUGUAGCGUCAACAAGUCCCCGUCGCCGCUCGACGCCGCACAGACGUCGCUCGUCCUCUCGUCAUGCCGCAUCGGUGUAUCCUGCUUUGAGCACCGCCCCCGUAGCUGUUGGGGAUGGUAAACGAGCGUCUCCGCGUCGCUCUGCUCGCACCUCCACUGACGGCACACCUCGUCGUAGCCGACGCCAACACGAGCCGUCGCACGUUGGCUAUGGCAGCGUGGCGCGCAGUCCUUGCCCACAUCACCGUCACUCUUCCACAAGCCCGCAUCGCUCUCACCGACCAACAGGGUCGCCUAUUAACCCCGAGCGCCGAGCCCCAUCCUCCUCACGCAAGCCACGGCAUGCAUCUACCGAGCCGCAUGCAUACAGCUCCCAAGGCAGUGCCCGGCGCCACCGCCACUCAGACACGACAAGCUCGACAGCACCUGCACCAGCAAAGGAGGCAGCACACCGGCACGAUGCGCUGCGGUACCGCAGCUCCCGUCAAGCGGAGGUGGCUGACAAGCGUGAGGCGACACCGCACCGCUCUCGCCGGCACAGUCGAGCGAAAGCGGGCGGCAGCGCAGAGAAGGAAGCUCGCAGCCCGCGUCGACAUACCAGUGCACACCGCAGUCGUAGCUCGCGGCCGGAGUCUAGGCACCAUUCGGAGCGGCGCCGUCGCCAUCAUCGCACCUCAACUCCUGACUCCGUGGAUGAGGGAAGCCGUCGCGCUCGUCACACAUCCCUCUUCCGCCCACUAGCAGAGGACCCGUACGCGGCGCCACCGCCUCUAACCGGGUCCACGUAUAUUCGCUCCGGAGCUGACAGCCACAGGACUAGAUGCCCUCGCUCCGGCUCCCACAUUGAGGUAAUUAGCGUGCACUCAGGGUGCCAGGCGCCGACUAAUGGAUGGCCGCACUCCCACUCCAGCACCGCUCACUCCCUUCGCCGGGUCUGCGACAACGGCCCGCCGGUGGUGAUUCCCAGCCCACGAGGACAGCAGAUCAUGCAGCGCAUCGACUCCACCCGCCACUGGUUACAGAACAUAAAGGAGUCGAUGAAGAAGGAGCGUGAGCGGGCGCCUCACCAAGUAGAAGAUGUCGCACGCUCGCGUGCGAGUCGGCACAGUGCGCGUAAGGAGUACCGCGAUUCAACCUCACGCGCUGGCAGCGCAUGGCGGCAUCGCACCCCGUCCACUGGCUCGCACCGGCACACGCGAGGGAAGACCCAUGCAGCUGCGCAGGUGGCAAGCCGCCAGGACGCGGGUGAGGCGAUUCCACCGGCGACAUCCUCAGACCGGCCUCACCGUGUAUCCGAGCAGGUACCGCCCCCAACGCGUGAGAAGCGGCACCGCAGCAGCCAGCGGCACCUUGGCAGGCCGACAACUCCACUCGCUGCUCCACGUACCCCAACCCCGGAUCCGAACCUGCUCAGUGCACUGAUGGACUCCGUCAACAGCUCUCGCGAGGAGGGGAUUGAUUACCCGAUCUUAUCCUUCAUGUCCUUCUUGGACGGCAACACGUUCGACAGCACCGCCAGUCUAUGCCAGUACAACGUCAACCUCGCCGACAGCCUUAGCGACGAACACCUUGACAUUCUGCGCGCGGCCGUUUUUGACCACGACGAAGAGGCCUUUGCAGAGCUGCUCUACGGUGAUGAUGUAGAGGCGGAGAUUGGCGGUGCUGCGGCGGCGCUGGACCACAGCGAUGACCCGUCGGUACAGCACGAGCUUGUUGUGCUCCAGCGCAAAGCCGUGCGGCGGUUUAAUGAAAAGUGCGCCAAGGCACUGAAGGCGCUGUUAUUAGCGGAGGGUGGUCUAGCAGAAGCGGUACAGGUGGCUGCUUCGCAGUUGGAGCACGAAGCGUACGAAGCGGACGGAUCUUCGGUGUUUGUGCCGUGA